AUGCCUCCAACCACCCCCGCCGGCUCGGCGCACUUUAAUUCGCCAAAGCCGACCUCUGGUGUAUCCUCGGCCUCCAACUCUCAGGAGGUUUCCCAGGAUUCUGCAACUGGCGAGAUCGUCACUGCUCAGCGUAACGGCAGCUCAGCUGUCGAACCGUCUGAUUACGCUUUUCUCACUGCUGGCGAAGGUACUGAUUACUACCUUGAGGUGUUCAAGCGCAGACGCAUCAUUCACAAUCCAACCGUGCAGCGUCUUGCUCAGCAGCAUCUCGCUCGCGCCAGCUUCAACAGUGAUUCUGUUAAGGCCUUGUUCAACUCUGAACCUUCUGCUACCACCAGUGAUCAGCCUCAAUCCAACGGAAACGCAAGCAUGCCUGCAAUGGCCACAAGCUUUGGCCCCAGUCCUUUCAACAACAUCGCUGGCCUUUCAGGACCUGAUGGACCUGUCCGCCACCUCCAGCCUCCUGAAUUGCCGCCUGUUUUCACUGGCAACACUGACAACCAACGCAUCCUUGAUUUCAUUGAAUCUACUGGAAGCGCUUCCCGCGGCGUUGGUGUCUCGCGUGUUCCAUUCAACCCUCAGCCCACUGGCUUCAUGAUCCCUGGUCUCGGCGCUCUGGUCAAGCCUCUCGAUCUCGACGACAAGAAGACCACUGUCUCAUCUCUAACUCAGACUCGCCCACUUCUGGCUGAACCUCACUCACACGAUCAUGAUGGUUCUUCAGACGUCUCCGACCUUCCUCAGCAGAGUGCCUCUAACGCUGUCGACGCGUCUGUUACCCAGACCCCGUCCAAGACUCUUGCUGCUGAUCAGACCGAAAAGCCUUUGAUUCAGGACCCUGCCUCACCCACUGCUUCCGCUGCUCCAAACAAGUUGCAGGUCACCACCUCUCCUCCAGAUGCCACCAAGGACGUAGAAUACGUUCGUCCUUCAGGUCCGCCACCUGUCUGGGUUCAGAAGCAGGCACCUCGCAGCUUCAAGCAGGUUCGUGCUCAGAACAACAACUACUCUUUCGAGACUUUUGGAGGAGCCAGCUCGAUCCUCAGUGGCAUGAACCCUGACCACUACUCGAUGCCCUAUGGCUCGCAAGUGGUUGCCAUUAAAUGCCCCAAUCUUGAUGACAUUCUUAUGUCCCAUCAGACUGGAUUCUGGGCCACUAACCAGAACGUCAUGACACGCAUCAUGGGUCUGCACACCAACCGCGAGGACCCCUCGAUGAAGACUCUGUUCCUCUGGUCGAUGCCCGGCAGCAAGCACUUUUGCGGUCUUUCAGAGCUUCAAGCUUUCGACCCCGAUGUCAAGACCGACUUCUGGGACAAGGAGACUGGCAAGUGGGUCAAACUCCAAGGCUCAAUGAUGAUCUCGUGGACAUACAACAAGCUUGUCCCCUAUGAGGAGGUCAUUCCUCUUGUCGAGGGCAAGAUCGACCAGGUAUCAAUUACUCAGAUGUGGAAUGGAAUGUACUACACCGAAGGCACCGGCCGCGAGGUUGUCAAGGCCUAUGUCGAGGCACCUCACGUGGAGAAUUUGCUUGCUGCACCUACUGUAGACUUCUUCCGCCGUGCUAUGGAGCACAGCAAGAUUGCCACAGUUCCUCCUGUGGGUCCCAGAUUGUUUGGUCGUGGAAGCUACCGUGGUCGUGGUACCUACAGACCCACCCGCAGAGGAACCAUGGAGAGUGGCAAGUCCGACGGCAGAAUCCAGCCUGCAUCGAUCCCAGGCUCGGUCACUAAGCAGGAGGGCAAGAGAACCGUCUGCGCUGAGUCCGACGCUGCAUCGCCUGAGCAGCACCAUGACCGCGGCAAGCCUGAACUCCAGAUCUUGCCUGUCCUCAAGUACGCCGAUGGAACCAUGACUACUGCCCCGGAUGCUCAUGGAAAGACCAUGCCUGUCACUCCUCACAAGAAGCUUGCCAGCACGGAAAUUUCUCUCGCAGAUAAGUCCAACUUGCUGGGCCAGCUUCAGGCUCAAAGCUCCCGUAUUGAGGCAUCUCACUCGCUGUCUCGGGUUCAAGCUUCCCGCGUUGAAAGAUCCAACUCGCUUGCUCAGACUCAGAGCGGUCACACCCUGCAGAGCUCUAACGUGCCUCCUGUCAUGCGCAACUCUGCCACUAUUGGCACAAGCUUGCCUAGCAACGAACAGAUCAUCCACCGCAAGUCCGGUUCGAUCUUCAAUGAAGGUGGUAACAACCGAAUCUCUUUCGAGAUGCCCCCUCCACGUAAGCCUUCUGUUGCCCAGCAUGACCCUAACAUUCACUCGGAGCACUACGACUUCAGCACUCCUCGUACUAUGCCGACCAACAGAUUCAUGCACAACAUCAGCACUUGGUCGUACAACUCGGUGACUACUCCUCCUCAGCCUGUUGCCCCCAAGACGCCUGUCAGCCAGUCGCGCAGUCUGUAUGAGCUGACUACCAGCCCCUUGGACAACUCGGUCUAUGGCACACCCACUCGCCACGGCGUCCGUCUGCCUUCCACACCUAGCCGUGUCGGCUCUCAGAGCAAGAUGACCUAUGGCUUUGGACAGGUCCCUGAAAAGCUUCGCACUCCUGACAGCAGUCCCUUGCCUGCCAGAAUCCAGCUUGCUCAGCACAUUGAUACUCCCCGUCCUUCUUCCAGACUCGGCGACGCCGACUAUGAGCAGGACGAAGGCAACAACAAGCCUUACUGGGUGUCGAUGCUUGUUGACAACGAGUAA